CCGCGAGACCCGCUCAGUGCCUCGCGUGCCGUCGCAUGUUGCGCACGUAUCGCGCGUUCUAAUUCCGCGUAACAUUGCAGAUGCGAGUUCGACACUGAUAAAAAAAUGCCCGCCGAGGACGAACCCGGGGCGGCGAUGGAGGGCCGCGAAACCGCCGAUGGGUCUCCCCAGCAGUUCUGCUUGAGAUGGAACAAUUACCAAAGCAACCUCGCCAACUGCUUCGACCAGCUUCUUCAGACGGAAUCUUUCGUGGACGUCACCCUCGCCUGUGAAGGACAGAGCCUGAAAGCCCAUAAGGUGGUCCUGUCCGCCUGCAGCCCGUACUUCCAGACGCUUUUCAUGGACAACCCAUGCCGGCACCCCAUAAUAAUAAUGCGCGACAUAAAGUACUGCGAUCUGAAGGCGGUCGUGGACUUCAUGUACCGCGGGGAGAUAAAUGUGUCGCAAGAUCAGAUCACGGCGCUACUGAAGGUGGCGGAGAUGCUGAAGAUCAGGGGUCUGACGGACGUGAGCGGGGAGCACGCGGUGCUGCGGCCGGGCGGGCCGGAGAGGGCGCCGAAGAGGCCGGUGAGCCGCGAGGGGGAGUCCCCGGCGAAGGUCCGGCGCCGGUCGGUGGAGCGCAGCCCGGGCCCGAGCCCGCGCCGCUCGCCGAGCACGCCGGCCGAGCUGCUGGGUGAGCACGCGGCGCACGCGCCCGCGCCGCCGGCGCCGCUGCUGGCCGAGGACGUGGACAUCCGGCCCGGCAUCGCCGAGAUGAUCCGCGAAGAGGAACGGGCUAAGUUACUCGAGAGUUCGCACGCAUGGCUCGGGGCCUCCACGUCAUCCAUCGCAGCAGACAGCUACCAGUACCAACUUCAGUCGAUGUGGCAGAAGUGUUGGAACACGAACCAGAGCCUGGUGCACAACCUGCGGUUCCGCGAGCGCGGGCCCCUCAAGUCCUGGCGGCCAGAGACCAUGGCCGAGGCCAUCUUCUCCGUGCUGAAGGAGGGCCUGUCGCUGUCGCAGGCGGCGCGGAAGUACGACAUCCCCUACCCCACCUUCGUGCUGUACGCCAACCGCGUGCACAACAUGCUGGGGCCCAGUGCCGACGGCGGCGCAGAUUUGAGGCCAAAGGGGCGCGGGCGGCCGCAGCGCAUCCUGCUUGGCGUGUGGCCCGACGAGCACAUCCGCGGCGUCAUCCGCGCCGUAGUCUUCCGCGACACUCACGCGCACACCACCCACCACAUCAAGGAGGAGACAUUGCCUGUCUAUCCCGCAAUCACGGAUGGAAUCACGGUGCCAAAUGCUUACGGCCCUGUAGCGUGCGGUAACGGGCGAGAGGGGGGCGUGUCCCCGAACGCGGCCGCCGCCGCCGCCGUGGCCGCCGUGGCGCACGGCCUGCGCCGGCAGAUGUGCAACAUGGUGGUGGCAGCGCAGCGGCCGCCCGACCACCCGCCGCACCUGGGCAUGCCCCCGCUGCCACUGCAGUCGCCGCGGCUUCCGUCACCGCUGUCGGCCGGUCUCGAGUCGCCGCUGUGCUCUCCGCCCCCUCCUGGGCACGCGUUGGAACCUCCAAAACCGACCGAUCCAUUCCGACCCUUCGCUUCACCGAGACCUGAUAGCCGCUACGACCGCGACGUGGCAGAGAUUACAGAGAUGGGUCCUCCGAAGACCCCCAUCCCGAUCGCGAAAAACGGCAAAGAGCUGUCGUCACCGGUGCCGGUGAAGAUGGAGCCACCGCCCGCGGAGGCGCGAGCGGAGAAUAUCUGAAGCGAGGCGGCGGGCGCGGCCCCGCAGACGCCGCCGACCGCACCGGUCGGCGUGCCGCCGCCGCUGCCCGCUUAUCCGUAUUUCGUUCCGAACCGCAACUCUGUCGGAUACUUCUAGGUAUUCUAGAUGUGGCUGCGCAUUCCAUGUCUUGAGGCAUGAGACCAUCCGACCGAUCGAGAGUAACGGAAUUAUGUUGAUUCAUAUUUAUUUUCAAGUGGACUCGCUGUGCAAUAUAAUGCUUGUUGUUUAGUUAUUCAAUUUUCUAUUAAGAUUAUUUUAGUUUAAACUUAUUUUGUUUACUUUGUGGUUUAAAAAGUUGUGUUCCAGUGAUAUUUUGAAAUAAAGU